GCAAAACAGCACGCUGUUUUACCAAGAAAUGAGGCCCCGGCACCAAAAUUAAGCGUUGCAAUCUGUGUUCCGAUUCCUCUCUUCCAUUUCGCUCGAUCUAUUUUGGGUUGGCGACGCAGGAACUCGCAAAAAGAUCCAAUCUUUUCGUCUCCGUCGCUGCGAACCAGGCUGCUCAUCUUGUUUCUCCCCCCAAAAUCCUGGCUUUCGAGGUUAAGAAAGAAAGAAAAAAACAUGUUUUUCAAAACAUAGUGGAGCAAGAUUGAAGAUUUUGAAGGAAUAGUUAAUUUUGUUGUUUGCUACUUUGUGAUUGAUCAACCUUGAUCCAUCAAGUUUGAGUAUAUGGAUUUCAAAGAAGGCGAUAGAGUGGAGGUUUGCCAAAGAAAAGGAGAGCAGUUUGGUUCUUGGUUCACUGCUAAGGUUUCAUCUGUGGAUGGAGACUUUUGCACUGUAAAGUAUGAGCUAUUUCUCACAUUUGACGGGAAGCCUGUGGUAGAAACUGUCAAUAAGGAGGAUAUACGAUCUUGCGUGCCGGUUGCACUAUCGAGUUGCAAAGAUAGAUGGAUUGCCAGAGACAUAGUUGAGGUUUUUGAUGCAUUCUCUUGGAGGGUUGGGAAGAUUGUGAAAAUUCUAAAGGGUGAUCGUGUGGUGAUCAAACUCUUUGGCUCGAUACAACUUCGACAGUACUCUGUGUCUGAUCUAAGAGUUCCUCAAGUUUGGCAGAAGAACCAACUGAAUCUGGCUGACACGGCAAAUAGGAAGAAGGAAGUGGCAUGCGAUUACACACCAUUUGAAUUCCAUUCUGCAAGAAAACAAGAUUUUGGCACAAAUCGGGGCAUUGUAAAGCAAGACACAAGUUGUUUGAGAGUAAAACACAAGCGUGUCGGCGGCAAUUCUAUUAGAAAUUUGAAGAGGAAUCUUGACUCCUGCUGCAGGUUUUCUUCUGCUGAUCUGAAUAGAAUAACUGACAAGAAACAGAAAUGGAGUAGAAGAGUACUUCCCAAAGAGGUUGAUGGCCUUUCUUUCCCUAAAGAUAUGAUUUCUGGGCAUUUUCGGCAUGUAUUCAGCAGAGGUACAAUUGCCAGAAAUGCUAUGGGAGACAGGAGCGAAGAUGCGAUGAACUCAUUGUCAAUACCUCUGAUGGUUAGUGAAGAAGAAGAUGAUGAAUGUUCAGUUGCAAGUUGUAGUAGCGGUAAAGAGGCCCUGGCGCACUCUCAUCAGAAUGGACACUUGAAGGGUAACAAAUUCACUAGUAGGGAUGAUGCCAUGUCAUCAUGUUCAUUGAAACGCAUGAAAGAGUUUCAAUCCGAGUACAGAGAUGGACUUGCUGCCAAUGUCCACGAAUUAGAGCUACACGCAUACCGGUCCACGGUGCAAGCCUUUCAUGCAUCGGGUCCUCUCAGUUGGGAGCAGGAGUCGCUUCUAACAAAUCUUCGUCUCUCGCUAAAUAUCUCGAACGAAGAACAUUUACUUCACUUGAGGCAUCUGCUAUCUGCAUGACUUCUUUGUUCAGAAAUGGUAGCUUGUAGGGAAAUCCUAACCUUCUUCGAAGAACACCACAGGAACUAGAAUUUACGUAGAUCUCAUUACUUGCAAAGAGAGGAUGAGGUGAUUCUAGGAAAGCAAAUUUUUCUACUCCUGUGGUAAUUUGUAAAUAUUUGGGAAGAUAUUUAGUUUUCUUGCAAUAAACCAGCACAAAUGAAUUUUUUUCGACAAAGGAAAUAAAAACAUUUCUGCUGCUGUUCUUUCU